AUGUAUUCUUCUCUACCUCUAAAUGCAUUGAUUCGAGAUCGUCAUCGAUUCUUCUUCAUCACUACAACAUCGCUCCAAUAUUCGAUCAUCAACCUCACAAUUUCGUCAUCAAUCUUGGCAUCUCAUCAUCUUCUACAAAAGUGUUGUUACAUCAUCAAUAUCAUCUUCUACAAAAGUGUUGUUACAUCAUCAAUAUCAUCUUCAAUUGCAAAUCGUUGCUCUAACAUGCAACAACGGAGUCAGCAUUGUCAUCACAUAAUGAUUCGUGAUAGAACACAAAAUGAGGAGAAGAUGAUUCUGUACCGAAUUUUCAUUGCAGAUCUUUUUCUAGUUCCCUCUCAGCAUCUUCGAUUGAAGGCGCGUCAGAACAUUUUCCGGCAGGUAAUCCUCAGUACUCUUUUAUUUUAUCGUAUAUCUAUUUAUGUGAAUCGAAGCCGAAGAGAGGAGGCAGAAUACAAAUCAUUCACGGAGGAUUGA